UUGUUACAAAUCUCAAGUGGACGACCGUUUUGUAUAGAAAUUAUUAUAUUAAAAUUAAUGAAAUGUCCAGUGAAACUAACCAAGAGAGACAAGACAAUGAGCUAUUUGCUCUAAAGGCUAUUUACGGGGAUGCUGCUGUUGAUAACCGUAAAAAAUCAGUAUGGAAUGAAUGGCGUCCACUCGACGUACUUCUAACAUUGAAGCCUCUUCAAAAUACCGAAGGUGAUCACUGCUGGGCGACUCUACAGUUUGUUUGUUGUCAUAAUUAUCCUGAUAAGUUGCCGACAAUUUCAAUACACAAAAUGCAAGGACUGUCAGACCCAAAGAAGCUAUUGACGGAACUGCAGGAGCUAGCUGCUCAAUUGUGUGGGGAAGUGAUGAUAUUUCAAUUAGCUCAGCACACUGAGCAAUUUCUUCGUGAUCAUUAUAAGCCAACGCUCUCAUGUUACGAUGAGAUGGUUAAAGAGAAGAUAGAAAUGGAGAAACUUAAAAAACACGACCUGGAGGUGAAAGAGUUUGAAGAGUUAAAACAUAUUAAAGAUGAGAUCCAGAAACGUCAAGAGGCUUUACGUAGCGGCCGUGACAGGAUUCCCAGUUGUAAUCUUGAUAUCAAUGAAAACGGGCAAGGGGAUAUACCUAAACUGGUGUUUUAUGCUGAUGAAAAAAUGUCGCCAAUUAAGAAGGUGUCCAAAAGGAGUUCAGAUUCAAUACCUUGUUGUUGUAACAUAAAGGGAAUACAAGUGCUUAGAUACACACAGAGAAAUAGCAAGAAAGUUUAUAUUGGAAAUUGUAUUGGGCACUCCUCAAACGGUUCUACAACUUACCUAGCGAUAGAUGACGACGGUGAUGGACUGGUUGCCAAAAAAUGGACUCUAUCUGUCUCAUCAGAUUACCAAAUAAGAAAUCGUCAACUAAAUGCUAUACAGCAAGACCUGAAAAUCAUGUCCAGAUUGAAACAUCCCUCCCUAGCGCCGUACACGGCUAUGGAAAUGAUAACAGAAUCUAAAAGGAAUCCGAGACAGAUUAUUUAUAUAUUCAGGGACUUCGUACUGGGCAGUUCCAUGAGGUAUCUGAAAGAAAAAUCCAAAUUCGGCGAUCAGUUCGAAAGUUUGAAGUUAUUAAGACAUAUAGGGAUGGGAUUGUUCAGUGCGCUGAAGGGACUGCAUAGUGCCAAUGUACUGCAUCGCGAUGUUAGGAGUGAAACCGUCUUUUUGGAGGAGAGUGGUGCUGUUAAGUUAGUUGGUGCUAGCCUGGAUAUAAGAUUAUCAGAAAUUCUGGACGGUGACAGCAUUUGUGAUAGACAGACAAAAUCUCACGAUAUAUACGCAGCCGCCCAGCUGCUGUUGUCCGUGCUGACCGAGGAGUCGGGUCAGGAGAUGCCGCCGGAUUUACCGAACUCAGUCAAAGAUUUUUUCUCGAGGUGCCUGACCGAAGAUGAACACCUGCAAUGGUCAGCGGAACAGCUGGUCAAUCAUGCUUUCCUCGUAGAUGCACCAACGAAGCUACCUAACAGCAAAGAUAAUAAUGACAAUGAUAGUGACUCUGAGGGUGACGAUGGUGCUAAAAGGAUCUCAAAUAUGACUUCCUUGGCGAACGGUCAUUCCAGGCUUAACGUUGAAUUCGAAAUUCUUACCUGGCUUGGUAAGGGAGCAUUCGGCGAUGUUGUAAAGGUGAGGAACAAACUCGACGGGGGAUUCUACGCAAUAAAACACGUCAAAUUGAAUCCCAAGAGCGUGGAAUUAAACAAGAAAAUAACCAGAGAGGUCAAGUUACUGUCCCGAUUGAAUCAUGAAAAUGUAGUGAGGUAUUACAACGCUUGGGUGGAGACCAUAACCGAGACUGAAAUCGAAGAGAGCCAAGUUGUAGAGACGCCAGUAAAGAAAGGGGACAGUCUGUCUGAUGUGGUCGCGAAACUCGGACAGGUUCAGAUAAACUGGUCUAUGUCGGAGGGCCCAGGGCGAGUGAGAGACGAGUGGUCCGAUAGUGAUGACGACUCUGAUGAUGAUGAACCCUGGUUCAACAUAACAAGCCCAGAAGAAGAUUCAAGCAGUCUCGUAGCUUUCGAAGGAAACGACACGCAGUCGGAGCCCACUCCCACUGAGGAAUCUGCAGACAGCAAAUUGCCGCUGAAACAAGUGCUGUACAUACAGAUGGAAUUUUGUGAGAAGAAUACAUUGCGGCAAGCAAUAGAUGAUGCUUUGUACCAUGAUCACUUCCGAGCCUGGAGGCUGUUCAGGGAAAUAUUGGAAGGUUUAGCCCACGUCCACCAAAAAGGUAUGAUCCACAGAGAUUUGAAACCUGUGAACAUAUUCUUGGAUUCCAAUGACCACGUUAAAAUUGGGGACUUUGGUCUGGCUACCAAAGUAUUUACCGGACCUCCCGUUGAAGACAAACAAUCUCUAGACGACACGGAAGGUCUCCUCACGGGUAAGGUCGGUACAACUCUAUACGUUGCUCCGGAACUGCAACAGUCAGCAUCCAAAGUAAUAUAUAACCAGAAGGUAGACAUCUACUCCUUGGGAAUUAUAUUAUUCGAAAUGUUCCAUCCACCGUUCGACACCGGGACCGAAAGGUACAUCGUUCUGAACAAUUUGAGGAAAAAGGAAAUUGUCAUGCCAAAGGAUUUCACGAGGGAAGAGAAUGCUAAGCAGAUACAUGUUAUAAGAUGGCUAUUAGAUCACGAUGCGAGUCUUCGCCCCACGAGUCUGGAACUCCUGGGAUCAGAACACGUGCCUCGAGCUGUUCCAGAAGGAGCCCUGUCUGGGCUUCUCUCCCACACCCUUAGUUCCAGGGGUUCCAGGGGCUACCAAAGGUUGAUAACAGCAUGCCUGGACCAGAAACCAUCGGCUGCUGAAGAUUUCACAUAUCACAGCGGUGUGAAACCCAAAGAUAUGGAAAUCAUAGCUGGUAUCAAAGACGCCGUUGUCAAGGUAUUUCAAAGCCAUGGAGCGAUAGAGUUUGCCCCUCCGUUGCUAACAUCCCGUUCUAAACAUUGGGACCAGUAUGCCAACGCCGUGAAGGUGAUGACGUCAUCUGGCUCGGUGUGCCACCUCCCUCACGACCUCAGGUUGCCGUUUGCAAGGCACACAGCGUACACGGGAACCAAGUACGCCCGUCGAUACGUCAUCGAUCGAGUAUACCGGGAUACUGAACGAACAAUACAAGGAUUUCAUCCCAGGGAGAUCAUUGAGUGCGCCUUCGAUAUCGUCAAUCCGAAAACUGAUACAUUGUGGCCGGACGCUGAGUUGCUGGUGGUAGCGAGCCGAGCCGCUCAAGAGUGUUCUCUCAAAGUAACGAUACAACUGAACCACACGGAGUUGUUGAAGACGCUGCUGCUGGCGUGCGGAGUGCCGCUGGACAAGCAGUCUGGCAUAUACCCCGUACUUGUUGAUGUCAGUUUAGGUCGGAUAACCAACCUCCAGCUUCAAACGCACCUCACGACGCUGUGCGUGACGCAUCGUGACGUCACCAACAUGCUGCGACUCAUGGAGGCGGACGUUCCCGUGGGGGAGGUGCGGGAGGUGGCGAGGGUGGGGAGGGGUGGGAAGGGGGAAAUGGCUAUACGGGAGCUGGAGGCGGUUGUGACGUACGCCAGGAGUCUCGGAUGCGAAAUUCCUAUAACCGUGGCGCCUUUCCUCGCGUACAAGGCCACCCAACAUUGCGGCGUCUUCUGGCAGAUGUCCCUAGUGAGGCAGGACAGCAAGUGUAAACAUCGCGCCCGAGACCUCAUAGCCGUUGGCGGCAGGUAUGACAAUUUGGUGGAAGAGUUCUGGAAAGUCGCGAGAGCUGUAAAGGACAAUAACACGGAAUUUAACUGUACGUCUGUGGGAUUCUCUUUAUCCCUGGAAAGGGUCGCCGCCAUCUUGAAAGGCUUGGAGGUGGAAGUACCACCUGUUGUUAGAAACAGUGAGUGCAACACAGUGUGCGUGUGCGUAUCCACCAAAUCGUCCAUAGAGUCGAAAUGUGCCCGCCUGGCUCGUUCGUUGUGGUCUGGCGGGUACUCGGCCGUUCUGUGGAUCGCAGCUGCCGCAGAUGCUCAUCACCGCACACGGGCACCACUCGUCCUUGAGCACGACCAAGGUCACGUGUUGGUCUCCUGCUGGGAAGCUAGAAGUGUGCGUGUUUUCAAACAGUCUGCGACUGAUGUUUUGGAAUUUGUCAAACAGAAGAUAAAUCCGUAUUCUUCUAUUCGUAGUUCUGAAUUCACAAACAACCGUACCAUCAGUUGGCCGGAAGGAGAGAAAACCAACACUCCGUACAUUUUCGUAUCAUUCAUAAACACAGGCGGCCGGAUAUCCAAAACAAUGAGAAGGUCACACGAAGUCCAAAUAAACAACCAAAUAACAACGAUACUCACAAACCUGGGGCUGUCCGCGAUGUUUUCCCGUGUUCGUGUUAGUGUGGUCGCACUGAACUGUGAUUCACGUUGCGUGCGUCAGUUGAGUGCAGCAUUCACUGUACCACUGGAGGCGCGAGAUCUCCCCAAAGCCAUCGCCAAUGUCAGCGAUCUGUUCCCCAAAUACCAGACCGCGUUAGAUGAGGUCCUCAGCGAGUUGACCAACAUCGUCAAACAGAACAAUCAGAGUCGUGGACCCGACGAAACUCAGCUAUACGCGUUCUACUCUCUGCCAUACACGUUAUGCAGACUCGUUACUUGACGAAUCGUUAUAACAAGAUAUUUUAUAAUUCAACUGACUAUAUAACAAAAUCUAUUAAAUCCCUUCCAUUCCUUAUAGACAUUAAAAUUUACGUCACGUAUCUAUAAAUGUGUGAUACAGAAGAAAUUUAUCUAGUUAUAGUUUUUACUACCCGUACGUAAUACUAACUACUAAUCUAAAAAAAAAAUCUCUUUACUCGUACAAAAUCUUUACGAGUGAAAGAGAUGGAAGAAUGGUUCUCUUUCCCUCACUGUCAAUCAGCAACAGUAUUUUUCAACACUGGUAUACGGAACAAGUUAAACUUAUUAGGAGAAUAUAAGAUAAUGAUAUGAAGAUGUGGCUAUAAAUUAUGAAGGCCAGUGUUAUGACCAAAAACUGUUUUGUGUUAUAACGCCAAACAGAUUGUGUGUUAAUUUAUAAUGUGUUGAUAAAAACACCAAUAGUUCGAGGUAAUUAUCAAGGACAUGUAAGUAUAGUAAGGUUUCAGAGGCAAAUAGAUUUGAGCAUAAAUCCAUCAGCUGAAAACUACAAUGUUUUGUGAAAACAAAUCUUUGUGUAAUAAAAUAUUUAAACGCUAUUUUUUCAUUGGCAGUUGUAUUAUUUUAUACAUGCUGAUGGCCAUUAAAUAAUGGAUUGUAUUGUAGUACAUUUUAUACUCCUUAUGGACCUGCUGGCUUGAAUUUUCUUACUGUUGUAGGAAAUUAUCAAAAACCUUUUAUAUUCCUUAAAUUUUUCUAAAUUGAAUGUCUUCUAUAUAAAAAUUAAUUUCCAACAAACGUAACAGCCAGGAAAAAAAUAGAAUUGCCAAGUAGCGGCCAAGUUGGUUUGGCAACUUUUUGUCAUCCGUCUAUGAGAGUGGCGAAGUACAAAGUAUAUACAUAUAUAUUGAUAGAAAUAAAUAUUAAGUGUCCCUAAAUGAAAAAUCUUGGCAAUCAUAUAAUCUUAAAUAUUUUUGUGGAAAAAAAUAAGAAUCCUCUCAAAAAGAAGAGAAUUGUCAUAGCAAUCUAACAAUAUCUCAUCUGUAUGAAAAACAAAAUUACUCUAAAAAUAGUUAUUCGGUCAGAAAAUUCAAUAUAUAGUAUUUAUUUGAUAUUUUUAAUUAAUAAAAAAAAAAUCGUGUCCGCAUUUAAUUUGGCUAAGUAGUUUAAAUAGUGAAAUAAUUACACAACACACUACACGGGAAAGAACGACCUGUUGUAGAAUAUGAGACUAUGAAAAGUUUUUGCUUUUGUGGUAAAACAAAACAAACAGCCCUUAAAACGAAAAAUAGUUUGAAGCAUUAGUUUUACCUAUAGUUAUUUUGUUACAUAGAAUAUCCUAGCUUUGUAACGCCUCUGAGUCAAUAGACAAUAUUUUUAAUAGAACAUUAUUGUUAAAAAUAUAUAUUUUAUAGGUAUGUAAUAUUUUUAAUAAAAUCCAAACAUAAA